AUGUCUUGGUUGAAGUAUCCCGAGAAACUUUUUUCAUCAAAUGUAAAAAUUAAAUCCAAUACUAAAAAGACAUUCAAAGAUUCAAAUUUGCUUGUAAAAAAAGAAAAUACUGCAGACAUUAACAAUAAAGAUAACAACUGUACUAAAUCGAUUAUAUAUGGAGAAACUUCGAAACAACAACUCAAUGCUAAUACAAAUGUAUCAGAAAACGCAAAUAAUAAACCAACAGAAAUAUAUGUUAGUGUUUCUGGCGUAACGAAUCCAACAAAUGCCAUUUUGAAAAAAAGAAAAGUUGACAAUAAAGAGUGUGAGGAUAACAACAGUGAACUAGAUCACGUUACCAUUUUAAACAAAAGAAAACUUGGCAAACCAGAAUACGAGGAUACAAACAACAGUGGAACAAUUAAUGGUAGCGUUCUUUCCGUAAAAGAUCCAACGAGUCAAUUAAAACCAAAAGAAAAUACUUCAUCUGAUAUUAAGGUUAGAAAUGUAAAUGCUCCUACAUUUUCAAUUCUAAACAAAGGAAAAACUGCUAGGAAACGCACGAGGCGUAAAAAUGGUCUUCCUGUAGAAGAUAUUUCCUGGAAUUUGUUGGAAUCAAGAAAACAUGCUUCAUCUGAAACGAAACCUAAAGAGGUUAAUUUGCCUCCAGAUAACAACGCGAUUCUCAAAAUAGAAGAAACUGGUAAGAAAGAAGAAAAGGGUAUAAACAACACUCAAACAAUGAGUACUACCGUUUCUUUGCUAAAAGAUCCACCAAAUCCAUUGGAAUCAAAAGAAAACACUUCGUCUGGUAGUAAACCUAAGGAGGUAAAUUUCCCUACGGAUAACAGUACUACAUCGAAAAAAGAAACACCAGACAAGAAAGAAAACGGGAAGAAAAACAAUAGUGGAACCAUAGACAAUGAUAACGUUCUUUCCGUAAAAGACCCAACGAAUCAGUUGGAAUCAAAAGAAAAUACUUCAUCUGAUACUAAAGCUAAAGAGGUAAAUUUGCCUACAGAUAACAACCCGACUCUAAAAAAAGAAAAAACUGGUAAGGAAGAAGAAAAGGGUAAACAAAACACUCAAACAAAGAGUAUUACCAUUUGUUUUCGUAAAAGAUCCAGGAAAUCCGUUGGAGUCAAAAGCAAACUACUUCGUCUGGUAGUAAACCUAAGAAGGUAAAUUUGCCAGCGGAAAACAAUACUAUAUUGAAAAAAGAAAAAACCGACAAGAAAGAAAACGUGGAGAAAAACAACAGUCAAACGAUUAAUCCAUUAAAAAUGACAAAAAAACCAGUAGAAGAACUUGAUUUGUCUUGGGUAAAAAAUCCAAAAAAACUGCUUCAAACCGAAGAAGGUGCGUCUUGCAGUAAUAUUAAAACGAAAUCAAACGCCAAUACUAAGAAGACCCCUCUUCCAAAAACACUUCACAUGGAGCGUCUAAAGAUAAUCUUUUGCCUUUGAAUAUUGUCGAACAAGUAAUUAAGAACGUAAAAUCCAACAUGGAAUUUAAAAGUCUGUUAGAAAUUGGUUUAAAUAUAAUGUCCAACGAAAAUAUGGAAAACCGCAAAUCCAAGAUUGAUUUGUUUGAUAUCUUUCUCGAAAAUUAUCAAAAUGCUAAUCCAACUUAUAUGAAGCAAGUUAAAACUACUCUGACGUAUUGUGAGUCACAAAUGUCAAUAGCCUCAUAUUUCAUGAAUGAAAACGAUUUUGAAAUAGAUAUCGAGUCAGAAUUAGGUUACGUGUUUGGAGAAUCAAGAAUAUGGAAAGGAGUAAUUUCCAAAAAUAAUAUUAAACGGGAAGCAGUUAUAAAGUUUAAUAAGUCGCAUGAUGAAGAUAUAAGAAAUGAAGCUGUUUUGCUGGCUAAACUUAAGCACCCCAACGUAAUCGAGUUGUUGGGUUAUGACCCAAAUAAUAAAGCAAUUUUUUUAGAAUAUAUGAAUUCUGAUUUAUCAGGAGGCCUAGAGAGAGAGGUUGUUAGUUUAGAUAUAUACAACGUAAGAAAAAUUUUAAUCGACCUAUCUACAGGUAUGGAGUACGUACAUUCUCAAAAAAUUAUACAUAGAACUUUACACCUCCAGCAUUGUCUUUACAACGAUAAAAAUGAAUAUAAAAUAGCAGGGUUUGGUAAGGCUGUUUAUGUAGGUGAUUCCAAUCAAGAAUACGAGUCGGUGUUUUUGCCACGUCAUUUCUUUGAUCCUCCGGAAUGGCCUGUAAAAUCAUACAAAACUGAUGUUUGGACUAUGGGAUGUUGUUUUCACACUAUAUUGAAGAAACGAAUGGAGACAUAUAGGUUAUGUCGAGAUAACAUCACGGAACGAUUGCACCUAUUUGUAGCUAACUUUAUGCUAGACCCCCUUCCAGGAUCUAGGUUGGAUUUUACUGAAAUAAAAGAAUUUCUUCAAAAUAUGAAAAUUUAA